AUGAGUGGCAGGGGAAGCAGCUCAGAUCAGCGUCUGGAGGAGCUGUUGGCUGGGGGAACAGGCGGGGGCGUGCGUGCCAAGUAUGCUGCACGGCUGCAGGAGAAGAAGAUGCUGGCUGAGGCCCGCAGGGAGCAGCAGGGCGGCGGGUUCGGCCGGGCGGCUGCUGCCGUUGCCUCCGCUGCCGCUGCUGCCAGCACUGCUGCUGCCGCUGCUCGUGCGGCGAGAUUGAGAGCGGUGAAGGGAGGAGGAGAUGGGGGGGUUGUGUGGGGGACGGGAGAAGGGGCGUUGCCUGGAAUUGGCGUGGCUGAGGGGGGUAGAGGAUGGGUGGUGGCUCCUGGGUCUGCAAGACUGCUCCGGCAUUUCCAGUCCCGCACUCUGAAGCAAGCACUGUUAACCACCCACCCGCGCCUGGACGUGCUCCUUCUCAACGACCAGCUUGGCAAUUUCGCCUUUGACUCUCACAUUGAUUCCACUGCAGCCGCCACUGCCACUGUUGCUGCUCCCUCUGCUCCCUCUGCCUCCGCUGCCCCGUCUCACUCGACUCCGACUUCUUCAGCCCCUCCAUCUGAGUCUCGUUCACCCUCAGAUGCAUCUAAAUCAGCUGCUGCAGAGUCAGAACGCACGUUAGGAGACAAACCGGAAUUAUCACCGGCAGCAGCAGUGUCAGGCAUUGACUCACUGGAGGCUGCCAGAAAGAGUGUUGAAGCCAGGGAUGCUGAAAAGCAGCUUAAGAGCGCCGCGGUUGGAAAUAGCGCUGGCAAUGAUUCCAUGGAGUCCCCAAGUGUAUCAGCUCAGGGCAUCGCUGGAUGGGCUGCAUGGUGGAAGCAGCUGUCUGAGGGGACAUUGCACAAGGAUGGAAUGCGAGAUGGUGAUGUGCGAGUGGAUGGGGAGCGGACACAGGUUGCUGAUUGGUUGCAGGCUAGUGCUAGGUUUAAGGCAGCAGACAUGGUGGAGCUGAAAGGAGUGGUGGAGGAGCUGAAUGGAGUGUCGUUCAGGAGCAGCACGUUCGUCCAUGCGCAAGGGAGAAUCUAG